CUCAAAAUGGUCGCAUCUUCUUUUCCUCUUCUCAAUCUCCCCCAGAAAAACCUAAAAAAGGUUUUUUGCAACAUGGUUGAAAGCGAGCAAGUGUGCAUCUCAAUGGUGUCUAAGAAAACCAAAGAACUUGUCAGAGAGUUUCACAUCUUCAAAAACCAUCGACCAUAUCUGGAACUUACUGGUUCGAUUGGCUAUAUAGAAGGCCUGAGUAGGCCAGGCAAUGUAUUUUACCAAUUUCAAAAUGGGAACAUCGAUAUAUGGGCAGAAUCGAAAUUUCGUUUUUCUGCGCCACAAUUUGAUGCGAAAAGUUGGUUGAAACACUUUCUGUAUAUCUUCCGCAUAUCAAGAAUCGCUACUCUACAUUUAACUCUCUCGGAUGGAGGAUUGAAUGAGUCGCAAUUACCAAUGAUUACGGAAUGUUUGAAAGAUGUCAAGAUCUCAAAGCUUUCCAUUGGUUUCGCCACCCAAUUCCCGCUGAUGAUCAAACUUCUCUCCGCAUUCCCACCAAACAUUGAGCUAGGUUUACAUGCAACCAAUCCCCAACCAUUAGACUCCUCUCAACAAUUGGAACUACGCCAAGUUUUGCCCAAUAAGCUUCAGAAGCUUAACUCAUCAAUCUACCUACCGUUAAACGAGCUACUUUUCGUUACCUGCUCUUUCAUUGAUACAUUCUAUCCAGAGUUAACAGAACAAGAGAUCAAUGUGUUCUUGAAACAUUGGAUUGCCGGAUUGAAGUCUGGGCUUGAAUAUUUUCGCAGUGUAAAGCGUGGCCCUGCACUCAACCAAGACACUAUUCUAAAAGGAAUUCCUCAUGAGAUUGCACCAAGUAACAGGAAAUUCAAAUUGUUCGAAGUAGAUUCGGGGAUGACUCCUAAAGUCGGAGGAAUCGAUAUACACCUGGGCCAAGGCAUCAAAGCAACUAUAAUUUUAGAACAUCGUUUCGACUAUGCAGAGCUUUUUGUAGCUGUUCAUGAUUCUGAGUAUAUUUUAUUUGAAUAACUGUACUUGCUUUCAAUAAAUAAAUGUUUUAAUGAUC